AUGCUCAAGAACCUCCUUUGCCUUGCCAGCCUCCUUUCUCUGGCACCGGCCACUCCUUUGGGCCAACGGCCACUCGUAUUCCCUGCCUCCGUAAAGGCGCCAGCGGAGGAACUUGGCUGGGCUGAUCCACGGACCUUGGGAGGACAAUUCAUCGACUUCACGACACCGAGAUAUGGCGAACCACUCAACGUCAUUAUAUCGAAUCAGUCAGACCCAUUCGUUCUUACAGACGCUGGCUUCCGUCUCUAUUAUAAAUCCAUCGGGUUCUCCGAGGAGUGUCUCGGUUUGCACUAUGGUCAUGUCCAUAAGGCCGACCUCGGCGAUGGUGAUGGAAAGAAGUCGGAACAUAUCCUAGCCCGCCAACAUUACUUCCCGAGAUGGGGUACCUGUUGGGAGAGCCUGAUUGGGGGAAACCAUUUCCGUGCUUGGAAGCAGAACGGGACGUUGGCGAACACUGGCGCAUGGUUCCUCGCCGUAUCAAAGGAGAAGGACUCUACCAAAAACCAUAUGAUCGUUCCAGACGGGUACAACAUCGGUCGUGAUAUGUUGGUAGAGAACGCUAUCACUGGCAGCUACUGGGGUAACAUAUGGUGGCGGGCCGACGUUGAAUGGCGUGAAGGCUUGCUUGAGCCCGGUUACAGAGGCAUAAAUCACGCCAUCGCUCAAGACGGUCGUAUCGCCAUUCUUACGAUCCACCGUCUCUGA